UGAUGCGCUUCGGGAUAAUUUGAGAGACCCUUCAUCCCUCAGCUUUACCUCACUGUCUACGUCACGUGGUGCGCCUCUGACGGGGCGGUGGGCGUGUCCUAAACGGUGGGGUUUCAUUCAUAAAUACUUAUAGCUUUAAAAAGACCACAUUAAAGUGCUCACAGGAGUGUUUUGUGUUGCUGCCUUCGCCCCUCCGCCUCCCGUAUGGACCAGGCUGGUCGAGUAGCCAUGCAGCACUUUUGUCCUCUUGCUCCGGGGCCAGUGGGCCACCCCUGAGGGGGAAGCACUGAUUCUCUGGCUCGGUGGACUGAGGAUGCAGCAACGGAGCUGAGGAGGAGAGUCCUGACACACACACACACACGCACACACACAAAUCCAGAGCUGCUGCUGCUGCUGCGCACUGCCCUCCAUCAGGGUAAGAUCACUGGGCUGGCAGAAAGCAGGAUGUGGUGCAGCAGUAUACUGCAAAGGAAAGCGUUUCGGUCCCGGUCUGAUGUGUUUUCCAGAAACAGUUUUCCUGCUCACUUGGUAUAGCUGCGUAUGGACAUCAGCUGGCUGGCAGCGGGGGGAACUAGGUAACAGAUUAAAGAUUGUGUUACUGAAGUUGAGCGCUGCAGUGAUUGGCUGGCAAGCACGAGGAGCUGAAUGCUGCUGGCAUGUUGCUUUUUCCUCGCUGGGGGGGACUCUCUAAUUGGCUUGGACCAUGAGCAAUGAGUCUACCGUCUGGAACAUCCUACCAGAAAACUCCACAGAGAUCCCAUUUGAAGCGGAGGAGCAGCAAGAUGGCUACGUGCUCCUCCUGGUGAUCCUCUCGAUCUUUCUGGUAGGAACACUGGUCAGCGUCUCUGUCUUCCUGGUCGUUUGCCGUCGCUGCUGUCGAGGAGGGCAGUUCUGUGCAAGGGCCAACGAUGACCCCGAGAAAACUGCCCCUUUCAUGGGGGAGUCUCAUCCCACCAAUGAAAUCACUAUCAGGGUGGAUGAAUCAGACUGCCUGUCCAUGGCCAGCUCUCACAACCAAGAGACAGAGCGCUUCCUGUCCACCGGCCCCACAGGCCGCCGUGUCUCCUUCAAUGAAGCUGCUCUCUUUGAUCAUGGCAAGAAAACCCAGGAGAAGGGCCGCAGGUACACUCUGACCGAAGGCGACUUCCACCACCUGAAGAACGCACGGCUCACGAACCUCAACAUCCCCCCGCCGGCGCUCAAAAUAGUCACGAUUCACGAGUGUGACUCGGCAGAAAACACCAUCACUGCAACGACGCGGCCUGUUGCUAAAUCAGCACUUUCCAUAUUCCAGCCGAUGCUUUGCCCCCUGCCUCAAACGCCGCUGAUCAGCUUAAGUGUGAAUCCCAGCUGCGCCCUCCCUGGGGAUGCCCUCAAUUCUGUGGUUGACACCAGCUUCUGUGACAAUUCUGCGACUCUUGGCGCCAAGGAGUCAAGCUCCAGCUCUAUUGAGAUGAUUCGAGCGAGGCCACGGGACAGAGGCAGCAGUGUCAGCGUCGGAGAGGCAGCGCCGGCGAUGGGAAACAGUGGCAUGGGCCCCGCCGGCGGCAUGGCAGGAAGUCCGAGGCCUGUCUUGCAGUUCUUAACUAAACUGCGGCGCCAUGCCAGUCUGGAGGGGGCCAGUCCCUACUUCAAAAUAAAAAAGUGGAAGCUGGACAGCAGCCAACGAGCAUCCAGCCUCGACACAAGAGGCUCUCCGAAGCGGAGGCAGUUCCAGCGCCAGCGAGCCGCCAGUGAGAGCAUGGACCAGGACGACAAUGACCAUCACCACAUAGACCUCAUCCAGUACAUCGCUCGCACCCAGGACGUCCCCUACUAUCAGAGCCAGCCCACCACCCGCCUCCUGUCACCCCCAUCCACACCACCCCCCUCCCUCGGCAGGGUAGAGGUAGAGGUGGUGGUGGAGCCCAGCUGCAGCCAUGGCGGGCCAGAGGUGAUUGGCUUGUCCCCUGAUCCCCAAGAAGAGACCCUCUCUUUGGGGAGGAGGGAAGGUGGCUAUUCCUCGGACUCCUUUCAACCCCCGGAUCCACAGUCAUUGUACAGAGACAUCUGGACGCUGCGUGCAUCACUUGAGAAGUAUGCUGCUUCUGAACAGAGCAGCAACAACGACAGGAGCUCAGUUUGCAGUGAUGCUGACAGUGUUUGUUCGCUGGGUGGACACACUGAUGCUGAUAGAGGAGGACCUCCUAGUUACCCGUCCCAGGACUUGGGGGACGAGGUAGACGGUGGAGAGGAAGACAAGGACUUCUUUGCAUAUACGGACGAGAAGUUGGGAAUACUAGAGGCAAGAAAGAGAAAACAUGGUAGCACAGAAUCAGAGCGUGGGGGUAGUGAUGUAGAACCAGGUACUCGUAAACUGUUGCAGAUGGACAGUGGCUAUGCGUCAAUAGAGGCUCCAUCUCGAGGUCCAGAGGACCUGAGAUUGUUUAGCAGCAGCAGCAUCACUGGCAGCCCUAAAGACCAAACAGCCCACGAAAAAAGACAUCAUUUCACCAAUGCAGGGCGGAAGGGCACUAUAGGCGAUAGUUUUGAGUCUGAUUUGUUUGAGGAGGAGCCUGAGGAGGAGGUGUCGCUGGGUGCCAGCGGAGGAGUUUCCAUCGAAAUAGGUGCUAGUGCUUUAAGCUGGCUGCCAUAUGGUCAAAUGCUCACCCCUCGAGAGGCUGUGCAACCUCCAACUCAGCCGAUGACCCUUCACCGGCGCGACUACAGCAUAGAUGAGAAAACAGACGCGCUCUUCCACGAGUUCCUCCGCCAUGACCCCCAGUUUGACCUGCAGGAGUCGCCAAGAAAACAUCGUUCCCGAAUUCACCUUCGUAAACAGUGGCAGCGGCACAAGCAGUGGAGCGACCCUGGAGUCAGACACUUUCAGUCCUCCUUUGAGAGACACCGGAUCCCUCUGCGGAGGGGGGAAAGCGUGAACUACCCCUUGGACACAAGCUACCACACUACAUUGCCCCGCAUAGUCAGUGCACCUGACGAGGAGACCAGCGAUGGUACUGGCAGCACUCCUGACACCCCGAAGGUUGAGCCAACUGAGUCAGAAGGAAAGGACAAGAAACUCACUGUCACAGACUCAGAGGAUCACACAACUUCCUCUCUUCCACCUCUUCAACCCUUCUUAUCUGAAAAAGACAGAGGGCUGACUGAGCAACUUGACACUCAGGAGGAAAGCAAACAAUGCGGGCACCCUUCUGAACCCCCGGAGGAGUGCUCACCCUCUCACCCGCCUGACUCGUUGGGUUAUGGUCCUCAAACUAUCACAGCAGAGCUCAUGGACAAACUGACAGCUAACCUGGAUGACAGACUGUACACGGCCCUUCGCCGGACCAAGGACACAGCUGCAGAGGGUGCAACAGUGACGGCCACACACGCCUCCCCGGACCACAGCCCAGUGUAGCAGGGCUCCAGUCAUUCGCUUUGUCAGCCUCACUUUUCCUAAUACAAAAUGUUCAUUGAUUUCAGUUUGCCGUCAAUGAGUCCUUGGCUGGUGCAUGGCUGGACUGGUGAAAUUUCAGAGCCAGGAAUAAAUCCCGCAAAUUAUGCUUUGAACCAGUCCACGGCUGAAACCUACAAACCAUGAGGUCUAAAAGAAAUAUGCCCAUUGCUAGCAUUUUGAAACUGUUUAAUGUUAAGAUUUUUGGGGUUUUUAAAUGAAGAUGAUUAAUUACGGGACUCAAUAGAUUAGCAGAGUAACAUGUCAAAACGUCACACUUUACGGGUGUCUGCGUUGUAUUUAGCCAUUUCUGUCUGGAUUCAGUUUGUGUCAGCUAUGAUGUCUUUCCAGUAAGAAUACCUGAAGGUGAGGGCAGGCACAGCCUCUGCUCACUGAUCCACUGUGAAACCAGGUGCUAUUAGACAAGUGGAAAGCUCUCAAACUGGGUACAACAGUUCCUCGCCAGUCAUAGUUAAUUAAACUAAAUGAUUGAUUAAAAUUUUAAUUAACCUGUCAAAACCCAAUCAGGCAAAUUAAUCUCCAUGCUGGUUAAUUCUAGGUCACUUUAAACCUUCUAGGAAAAAGCAUGAAAGAAGUUCAAACAGGUUGUUCAGGAAAAAAAAAUCAAGAAGAAUCGUAAAGCUUACAACCUUCUCCAAGGUAAGGCGAAUGUAGAAUGUAUUCUUUUUGAAGGGAAGCGGUUUUUAUUUCCCUUUGCUGAGCCCAUUCCUCAACUUUGUUGCUGAUUGCUUGUUUACUUUUUGUUUUAUUUAACGGGUGCGCAUACAUUUUAGGACACCUGGAUAACUCAAAGGACAAUUCAGAAGCUGUCAAGGCGUGUAUGUAAGACCUCAAUAAGCUUUUAGCACUUCAAGCAUCGUUGAUAUGACGUGUCUCUGUUGUGGCAGGAAAAGUAGACCGUUUUGUUUACAGAUUUACAGCCAUCUUUUAGACACGUACAUAAAAGCUACUGAACUUGACGGGUAUUUAUGGUGACUGACCUUUUCAAAUCAACGCCAUGCUUUCAAAAUGUCAUUUACCUUUGAGCACACACCCACCGAUCAUAACCUUAUGACCACUGGCAGGUAAUGCGAACAACUCUUGCUUAAACUUCCAGGCCUGGGAUUUAGACACCUUUUCAUCCUCUGUUUGUAUUUUGUGAAAGGAUCAAGGUGGUGAGGGGAGUUUUCGUCAGCCGACCGCUUGUACUCCCCCGACUCACCAAGUUAGGUAGGCACAGUUCCAUGUUAGCUGACUUCUUAAAGAGUGAGCGGCUAUAAGCAAUUCAAGCUGGUAUCUGUGGCCAGCUGGUUGGUGGAUGUUAGCCAGAAAACACACUGAAACCACCUCUGUGCAGUUUGACCCAUGUCGUUUCUAGCCAUUAACACGCAGGACAAAGUUGCUUUGAAGUGUGGCGAGACAGAACAAAUCACUAGGCUCAGCUGAGUAUAGUCUUUUCAAACCGCACACCAGAGAUGUGUUAGCCCCUUUUGAAAUCUCUGAGAUGUUAUGUUGACCCUGCAGACCUUGUUUAGGUUUUUUUCUUAAUGGCCCAAGAAAGCUGAGAGAGCGGCUGGUUAAUGUGUGUUUUUGCCAGAACAGCUUUUUAAGGGCAGUUUAUUAUUAUCUGUUCAUCAUAACACCUGAAGGUGAACCAUUAAACAGUAAGUGGAGAUUUUGUCCUAGAAGUUGGUGUUUUAGAAGGAGUUUGGCCAGUGAUGCAUAGGCAUGUCUUGGCGAUGAGGUCAAAGCAUCUCCAAAACUGCAGCUCUUGUGAAUCAGUCUUUGCCUGUAUAGGUCAGUAUCUAUCCGAUGUGGCCUAAGGAGGUGAACUGGCCACAGGGAAGUGUCUCAUUAAGGCGGGUUGGGAGAAAAGGCUCACCUGUGCGGCCCAACCCAACACGCAAGCUACUGUUACCAAAACGUUUGAACAUUUUAAUGCUUGUGCAGAGAGAAAUCGGUGAGGAUACACCGUGCACUGAAGUUUGCCUCGUUCGAGGUGCCCAUGCUGACCCCAACACCAAAACCGCCAACAAUGGCUCAUUCAUGUGGAUUUUGCUUUGAGAUCUACCACCCACACACCAUUGCUGUGCACCAUGAGAAAAGAGAGAAAGCAAUACAGUAUGUUAUUAAUCCCGAGCAUCUUUGUCAGCUUGAUCAUAAACUGGUGAUGCCCAUUACAUUUUCCUCAGAUGGGCUGUAGAGAUCCCCGUCUCUCCGAUGUGGGGCAGGGAGGAGCAUGGCAGAAGACGGGGAUGAAUAUCUAUCAUGAGAGGAGGGGGGGAAGUCCUCCAUGCCUCAGUCUUUGAGGGUGUUGCCUUGCAGUAAAUGCAGGAGGCUCCUUUCUCUAUUUGUUUGGGUGGAUGAUAAUAGCUCUGUCCUGUCUGCCCAGAUUAGCUCUCCCCCUUCUGCAUGAAAAGGGUCGUGUGCCAAAGUAGGCAAGAGUAGACUUCCUCGCCUGAAUGAGAUGAAAGGAGGUGCAUGGAAAUAAGAGAGCGGAGGGCCUUAUGAUUGUUGCUCUCUCCUUUCAUGCACGUCACAGGCAUAUUGAACCAUCAUCUCCCAAAUAUGUUAUAUCAUGAGCAAGAAGGUAAUACGAUAACACGUACACCAGUAGUGUAAAAGGUUUCCUAUGAGAGAGGAAGACCGCUGUUUUUCCUGCACUUCAAAAGCCUAAAACAUCUCUGGUCUGAGUCAAUGGGAAAAUACAGUUUAGAAACAACAAAGAAAAUGGCUGUAUUGAUUAGGUGAAACAGUGCAGAUGUAAAAAAAAAACAUUACAGUUUGCUGUGUAUUCAAGCACAAUAUUGCAAGAGCUAGACUAAAUCAAUGUUCUUCAUUAGAUUUAGACUGAUACUGUAAAAGUGAAGUAAAUGUUGUUUGUAUACAAUCAGUAGCCUGUCAAACGCAUUGGUGCCAUAGCCACAUGUAGGACUGCAUGAGCGUUACCAUUUAACAACAGAAUCUCUAUUGUUUCUCAGACUUACGGUACAAAGCAAUCAAGUCCAUCAUUUAUAAUCAUUGUUGAAGGCAGAGACGUUUUAGCAUUUUAUGGGAACCACUUUUUAGAAUCAAAUGAUGUAACCCAUUAGAUUUUGUGAAAUUUAUCUCUUAAAAAAGUAAACCUGUAUUAUUUGCUUGUUUGUAAACUGAAUUUCUUUAGGGGAAGAAACAUGACAAGCUGCCAUAGAAAACUUGCUUCUGUUAAGUUGUAUCUGUUUGAGCUUGAGGGACCAAAUUGUUUAUUAAAGUGUUAUUUUAGGCUUGUUUUACAAUCUGUGAAUAAAUGAAUGAACCAAAGCUGA